AUGUUCUACUCAUCCCAAUCGUUACUUGAAUCAGUUGGCUCUGCAAAGAAAGAGAGUGAAUCCGUACAUUCGGAGAAGGAGGAAAACAAUAAUUUUGUUCUUGCGUCAACCAUCCCAGAUGCCAGUCCAGUAAAAAAGGAAGGAAGUAAUCCCAAUACCCCAGUAUCCAAACAUGAAAUCAAAAAAGACUCAGGACAGAAGACUAAAGGACAGCUCCAACUGGAUGACAGUUCAAAGUUUGCUGUUGGCUCAGAUGAUGAAUCGGUUAACGGGAUUGUUAUGGAAGUACCGAGUGAAACGCCGUCAUCGUCUCCGAGAAGUAAAACGUUGGACUUUAUGAAGUUACUAAACCCCUCAAAUUUGCUAUCUUCAUAUAACCUUUUACUGGAAUCAUUUUAUGAAGAACAUAGGCAUGAACUAGUUCAGCCAACAAAGCUUGUCAUGAGAGUUAUAACCUGGAAUCUAAACCAAAUGAAGCCUCCUAGUCUGAAAACACUAGCAGGAGAAGAUGGUAGAGAAUGGGCGUCUUUCUUUUAUGCGGGGGAUUCCACAGUUAACGAGGGCAACCCUAAUGGUUUGGCAGACAUUUAUUGCAUCAACUUUCAAGAAACCAUCUCUCUGAGGUCAUUUUCGAAAAACACUAGUGCAAUAGAGGAUUGGGUAACCUUUUUAUUGUCAGUAUUAAAUGCAAUUUCCAUUCACCAUUAUCAAGUUGUUCAUAAAACAGGUCUUUUAGCAUUAACUUCCAUAGUUUUGGCCAAAGAGACUCUGAAUGAAGACAAGUUGCAUGGAUUUAACGGUCAAAUACAUGAUAUUAAGGAAGAUUCUUUAGGAUUGGGAUAUUUACGAUGGGCCAAUAAAGGAUGCAUUUCGGUGCAAUUUACAAUUGGAGGAAUCAACUUGGGCCUGACAAAGGGGUCUAAAACACACAGUCACAUUUCCAAAGGUGAUGAUUUAGGAUAUCAUUUUGACGAAUUAGAUGGAACUGCAUCUAAAAUACCUGGUAUUGAAGUUCAGCUACUAAAUGUCCAUUUAGUCCACGGUGAAGACCAACAACAGGUUCAACAGAGAUGGGAUUCGUGGGCCAAAAUUGAAAGAAAAAUUGGCUUAAAUGAUCGAACGGUGAAAUUGGCAUAUGAUCCCAUAACUGGAGAACUCAAAACCUCUGCUAGAAAGAGAUUAGAAACCAGAUUGAGAGAAAAACUAAAAAAAGAUAAGUCACGUAAUCGUAACAAGGAAGGUAGCCCUAAUAUUGAAACAGAAUUAAAAGCCUUGAGUAUUAGUGAUGAUUCGGUUAGGGAAUCUCAUAUCCCAAUGCAUUUUGCUAAAAUCGAAGAGCAGAAAUUUCAAGGAGUUGUCACUCCAAUCGAUAUCUUGAAAAUUACUAAAUUGAUUGAAGCAUCCAAAUCGGUCGUUGUUUGUGGAGAUACUAACUAUAGACUUGAUCUUGAAAACAACUCAUCGAAUCAGGGUGCUAUCCACGAAUACGUGAGUAAAGGCCUGUGGAAUAAAAUAUACAAGGAUGAUCAGUUAAGGAAAGAGAUGCUUGCAAAAAGAGUAUUUGUGGGAUUUGAGGAACUACCUGUUAAAUUUGCCCCAACUUUCAAAAUUUUAAACAACUCUUAUGGGAAGUGGGCGUACCAGGAAGUACCACAAACCUCCCAUCAAAGCUCUUCGGACGAUGUGAGUAAUAAACGGCAAAGGAAACCUGUGCCAGUUGAACACUUAAAAAUGGAAUCACCAUAUUAUAUUCCAAGGUAUGACGGCAAGCGCCUACCAGCGUACACUGACCGGAUUGUCUAUACCAAUCGUCCUUACUUUCGAAACCUUGACCAAUCGUAUAGCUCCAUAGCUAUUAGAGGGUCUGAUCAUCUACCAGUGGCUGCAUCAUAUGUGAUUGAUGCACCUUUAGUUCAACAGUCCAAACUUAACGCCAUAAAGGGACAAUUUAACAAUGUGUGGGAUAGUAUCAUAAACACUCUGCAAUUUCUAGGAGUUACUAACAAGAUUACUAUUAUACAUGGCAUUACUAGUAGAUUUGCAAAUUCUGAAUUAGAGUCUAUGAAAGGCCAAGUUAUUGAAACGUUGCCGCUGAAAGCAGGCCAUAUUAAAUUUGCAGCAAUGGCGGGUGAAACUAUAUCUAUCAAAAUUGGUAUUCAAAACAUUGUAGAUGAAUCAUUCGAGCUUGUCAUAAAAGAGCAAAGCGGUCGGGAAUGGUUUGGUACGAAGAUUGAUAUUGAUUGCAAGGAAAUCAAGGAAGGAGAGACAACAACCCAAAAUGACAAAUCUUCUAAUUCCGUUUCUACCAUUGGAUCCCACAGGAUGGGUGAGAUUAUUUUAACUUUUAAGCAGUCUUCUCCAGGAAAGUUGGAAAGAACGUUCAUCGCAGAGAUUCCUGAAUAUUCUCUAUGUCCCGCUUACAGGAAGUUCUUUGCACUAUCUGUUGAUAUCAAGGAUAUUUUUGGUGUUUCACUGGAUGAGAUUACUGAAUCUGAAUUUUCAAAUAUCAAAAAUUGCUUUGAAUUUGUUUUUCAUAAUUCAACUACAGGUGUUUUAGAACGGAUGGAAGCGAUCAGUUCAAUUGAUGAUUUCAAUGAUUUUGAAUGGAUAUUGGUUAGAGAAGUAACUCUGUGGGGGUUCGAAUCUGAAAAGUAUUCAAAUUUAAACGGCACCUUGAGCCCCAAAGAGAAUUUGGGGACUGUUACAGUCAUGUCAUUUUUAUACACGUGGCUAAAAUCUCAAACUGGAAACCUGCGUGCCAAUAGCUCAAGAAGUAAGAUGACAUUUACAUACGUAAUCAAGCUCAUUAAAUUUUUCCAACUGGAUGCUGAACAAGGCUACAAUCUUUUUGGGUGGUUGUUUGCUGAUGAAUAUGAGCUUGCUGAUUAUUUAGAGCAAGAUUCCGACAUCAAAGUGAAUCUUUAA